GUUGCACAAGCUGGCGGGUAUGCUAAAGAACUCAUGCUGACGAACCCUUGCAUUGCAAGCCAAGUUUGAUCCAUGCCCUAGCAAGGUCAUAGGAGAUAUGAUUGACCUGAUGGGCGCCCUACAAAAUUGCAAACAUCCCAUCGAGCAGAGACUCCGGUGCAUGGUGGCAGCUGACAAUUACUCCAUGCCGACGGACCAAGGUGGCCAGAAAUUCCACACGGCCGGUGAAAAAGAUAAGGGAUUGUUAGGCGCCCACAGUGUGCUCACUCUCCACUAGCUACUGGAUCAGUCCUCGCCAUGACGCAAAAGCUUAUAGAAAUCAGAUGCCAUAAAUACCAUGCCGGCCAGGACCAAAGGUUGGUGCAGGGUCGUCCAAGAGAGACCAUCUAUCAGCCAGGUCCCCAGCCCAGGAAAAAGCUUCAGAAAACCCAUCGUCUACUCUCUAGUCUCCAGCCUAGACUAGGGCUGGACCAGUUAAGCAUUGCGAGAUAGGUAGCAUCGGUUCAUAAGGAGGUGUGAAAGGCGGGAGGGAGAGCCACAACAAGGAGAACCUAAGACACAAGGAGAAGAACGAUCACUGAUGGAAGACGGCAGGGCUCAAAGGAGGAUGUCAACAAGUACCCCUACUCGUAGAAGCAGAUCUGCUGAUUUCCACAAUUAUUCAGAAAGGAGGCGAAGGGAUAAGAUCAACGAGAAGCUCAAGGCACUGCAAGAGCUGCUUCCAAACUGCACCAAGACGGACAAGGUGUCGAUGCUUGAUGAGGCGAUCGACUACCUGAAAUCGCUUCAACUGCAGCUCCAGAUGCUGGUGAUGGGGAAGGGGAUGGCGCCGGUGGUGCCUCCGGAGCUGCAGCAGUAUAUGCACUACAUCACCACCGAUCCUGCUGCCCAAGUGAUGAUGCAGAUGCCUCCCAGCUCUCGCCCCUCGGAGCCGCCGCGGCCGUUCCAGAUCACCCACGCCAACCCGCCGCAGCGGCAGUCCAACGUCGAGUCCGAUUUCCUCAGCCAGCUGCAGAACCUCCACCCUUCCGAGCAGCCCCAGAACUUCCUGAGGCCACCAAAGCUGCAGCUCUACACCCCGGAGCAGAGGGGAGGGCUAGGCAGCAGCACUGGGCACAAUGGUGGCUGGAUCCCGGAGAGGAAUUCCUCCUACAACUUUAUGGAGUGAUGAGCUGAGCUAGCUUGCUGCGUCCUCCUGAUGAGAAACUGAUCAAGAGAUCCAAAGCAAUCUGCUUGCUAGGGAGAUGGUACACACUGGAGGGUCGUUGAGUGUGAUGUAGUCAACUUUCUAGUUUGUUUCCUCAAUAAAAAAAGUUGUGAUCUUGCUUGCAUCUAGCUAGGAGCUAUGCUCAUGUCAUGCUACUUGGGUACGUGAACGGCCCAACAGAGUUUUCGGAUGUAUGUACAUAUAGCUAGCGUUAUUGCAAUGCUUAAUCAUGUGUUAAUCUUGGCACUGGAUCCAGUCUUCAUAAAGGAACUAGAUGAGAGUUAUUAGGAGACAUUCUUCUG